AUGGCAUCAAGAACUGCACUACCUUCGGUGACGACUAGGACCGUCCCACAGUCUGCCCCCAAUGGCAUGGGGAAUGGCCUGUUUGCGACAACUGACAUCAACCCCGGUGAAGAUGUUUUGCACAUCAAAACACCAUUUGUGGCGGUUCUUGAUUCUCCACGUUUAGAGGACACAUGUGCUGGCUGCUUCGGAAAGAGACAGAUGGAAACUGGAAAUGAGUUGAAGGCUUGCACGGGAUGUCGUGUCGUUAAAUAUUGUGACCGGGCGUGUCAAUCUAAGGACUGGAAGUUUGCGCAUUCUCUUGAAUGCCCCAUCUUCAAAAAUGUCAAACCCAUGGUGCUUCCCAAUAAUGCCCGUGCUCUUCUACGUAUAGUGCUGCGCACUGCACGUAACAAGUACGAUUCUGAAGAGACCAAGCGAGAGCUGUCAAGAAUUACCUCAGGCACGGACAUUGAUGAAGGAACUGUCUCUACUUAUGCUGCAAAGUUGGAUCUCAAUUCCUUCAACCUCACCACUUCUAUGUAUGAUCGCAUUGGCCUCUACAUGCAUCCAUAUGCCGGGUUGAUUAAUCACAGCUGCGACUACAACUCCACCGUUGGAUUUGACGGUGAAGAACUGUACGUCAAGGCUAUGCGCUCCAUCAAGAAGGGCGAGCAAAUAUUCAUCUCCUACAUCGAUACCACAACACCAUACGACAUCCAGACAGCAGAGCGCGAAGCCCUGGAGCUCAUGCAAAAAGCAACCGCAACCAGUACGGAGCCAGCAGACGCAAUCGAGAAGCUGGAAGCUGCUAUGCAUAAGCUCCAUGAAACCUCCAUAUGGCCUCCUCACCCAUACCUGCGGAUCGAUCCUGUUGUCUAUGACAAGGCUCACCCCAUCCGACACAUUCAUGCAUGGAGCCUAGUCAGGCUUACAGUCUUCAUUUCCCAGGAGGGCUUCCAACCUGACCCCAAAGACCCUGUCCAGCUUCAUGACUUCAAGCUGAACUAUCACUACUUGAUUUGGUAUAUUCUCGCUGAACUUACUAGCACGCAGUCGGAGAGCUGCACUGUGCCCAGCUUUAAGAAGCUUGUUGGAAAUCAAUUUGUACAGGUUCACAAUGAGUUCAAGGCCAAUGGCCUUGAUCCUAGCAAGAACAAGGCUGUUCUGUCUGCUGAGUGGAACAAGCUUGAACACCUUGUCAACAAGGCUCUAGAGAAAGAGUGA